CCUACUUAAAAUGCAUGAAUUCUCUUGCUGUAAUAAUAAUAAUCAAUUGGACCAUAUUCAAGGCCAUGAAGCAUUUAAAACUAUUGAACCUCAUGCAUUCUUUAGUUCAGAAAUGGGUCAACUCUUAUUAGAAGAUCAUAGAUUUGAUAUCUUUCGAGAAAACAUACAAUUGAAAUGGGAAAAAGAACAAUCUGAUAAAAUGAUUGAAUCACUUCAAAAUGAAUUAAAAUCGAUGAGAGCCUACUGCCAUGAAUUAAAGACGAUGGUCGAGAGGAGUGAAGAGACAAACAAGUUAUUGACUACCAAGAUAAAUAAAGAACAAGAACUGAAAACACAGAUUAGUGACUUGAAGCAAGAAUUGACACUAUUGGAAAAGACAAAUGAUACGCUAAAUAUGAAGUAUAAGCGGUUAAAUGAAAAGCAUGAAACACUCAAAAUAACACAUGACGUCCUCUUGAAGGAACACGAGCAGCGAUUAUUAUUAUUUAGAAAAGACACGCGUGUCAUCGAAAGGGUAGCACGAUUACCUAAAUUUGAAGUGGCACCUGUGAAGCACCCUUUGGAUGUCCUACAUUCUGUCACACAACAAACAUUAGACAAGAUAAAAUCAACGGAUGUGAGACUGUUGAAUAAGAGACUUAAAAGGAUAUUUGACAUGACAGAGCUUAGUGAUAUGAGUAACAAGAUGAUAAUGACUUUACUUGAUGACUUGGAUCGCUUUCAUGAACAAUUUGAUUGGGUACACACUUGCCCUGAUAUCAACACGCAUUUCUUCCCCUUGGUUGAACUUGUAUGUGACAUGAUGAAAGAGAUGUGUACAAUCAAGAUGACUUUGAAUGACUUACAAGCUGAUUACGUCAAAAGGAUCAAAAAGGCUUCUUGCCCAACCAUGAAUAAUAAUAGGCAUACUAUCAUCAUCAUACCUGAAGAAAAAUCAACUUGGCUAGAAAAUUUUAUUAAUACAUUUUGGUCCCUUACUUCAUAAAUAUAGGAGGGGGGUAUAAUAAACUAUUUAUUCGUCUAAUCCUUUCGCAAGAAACUUCCAAAUGAAGCUUGUAUUAUAUGACGCACUACGCUCAGUCACAUCAAAUACACAUGAACGUAACUUAUCCUGAGUUUCU